AUGCUGACAGGCGACAACGCUAUCACGGCACGGGCUAUCACCGCGAGAGUUAGCAUUGACGCCGAUAACCGCGUAAUCGCCGGCGUCAAGCCAACCGACAAGGCGCGCUAUAUCAUGCAGCUCAGGGACCUGACGACGGGCGCGCAAAAGGGUAAGCGUUGCAUUGCGAUGGUCGGCGACGGCAUCAACGACGCGCCGGCACUAGCGGCGGCGGACAUUGGCAUUGCCAUUGGGUCGGGGACGGACGUGGCUAUCGCCGCGGCCGACUUUGUCCUCCGGAUCGGCUUUAACUUUGGCUGGGCUGCGGUCUACAAUAUAACGGCGGUGCCUGUGGCCGCGGGCUGCCUGUACUGGAUCGUGUCGAACGGGGAGCAUGUGCGGCUCGACCCGGUAUGGGCGAGCCUGGCGAUGGCGCUGAGCAGCAUCAGCGUUAUUACCAGCUCGCUGCUGCUCAAGGCGCCGUGGUACCUGGGCGGGUUCAGGGUACGGAAGCUGGCUGAAGCCUGA